AUACAAUAUAUUCCUGUAUAUUUCUGAUCAAGCCAUAUUCAUAGUAUUCCACGAAAACCAUGGCAGAACACCACCACCACCUCUUCCACCACAAUAAAGAUGAAGAAAACCCAGAAAAACCUGUUGAUUACAGGAAGGAGGAGAAGCACCACAAGCAUCUCGAGCAGAUAGGUGGGCUUGGUGCUGCCGCUGUCGGAGCUUAUGCCUUGCAUGAGAAGCAUGAGGCAAAGAAAGACCCAGAGCACGCCCACAAGCACAAGGUGGAGGAGGAGAUUGCAGCAGCAGUUGCAGUAGGGGCUGGUGGGUAUGCUUUCCAUGAGCGCCAUGAGAAGAAAGAUGCAAAGAAACAAGAUGAAGAGGCACAUGGAAAGAAGCACCACCAUCUCUUUUGAAUGUCUUUCUAUUUCUCAUAAUGUCAUGUUACUUAUCACCAGUAAACGACUACCCUAAAUAAUAUUGUUACGUGUGAGUUUUUGU